UUCUUUUGUGUUAUUUACAUUAAUGGGAAUUAAUCAUAUCAAAUUAAUUCCGGUUAUCUUAUGAGGAGUCGAAAGUCUCAGAAUUUGUAUAGGAGUUACCUCCCUUGGACCUUUUCGUCUACUUUGCUCCUUGAGAAAUCUUCAGCUUUGGAGAUAGGAACUAGUAGCCAUACAUUUAAAGCAAAGGAUUAGAUUGUUCAUAAUUUACAGUUUACUUUUCCAAAUUUCAUUUAACUCUUCCGGGAAGUCAUCACACAAUCCCACAGGGAAGGAAGACAGGCCUUUUGUCUGCAGCGUUUUGUGUUGUGGUUACGGCCGGGGUAUGAGAGGAAAAGGUGUCAGAAAGUCGAGACGGCCAUCGUCCAGCCCAUAUUCAGGCCGGCCAGCAGCUGGAGCCCGGGGUGGUGGUGAGCAGCAUGAGAGGCCUUCUAGUUCUGAACAGCCAGGAGUGGGAGGACCCCUGUCCCCACAGCAGCUGGAGGACGUAAUCGAGCAGGUGUCAACUAGGCUGGCACCUCAGCUGGUGGAGGCUGUGCAUCAGGCUAUCGAGCCUCGGAUGGCUGUACAGCCGUCAGGUAAUGAUACCAGUUUGCCCCAAACUUCUAACGUGUCAAUUUGUCACACUAGUAAUGUUGAUACUGCCUGUUCUCAACAAUCAAACAAUUUAUGUAAUGACCUAUUCGAUCCUAGAGCUCACCAAGUGGCCAGUGUAAAUGACGAGUUAGGACGAAAUGUUGUUUCAGCGGUUCGUCAAAAAAUUAUUAACAAUGAGUUUGUUGAUCUUGGUCAAUUGCUGGCUAAACCUGCUCCCUUAGAUGAGGCCAAACUUUUUUCGCUUGUAAACGGGGAGCUUGUUGUUAAGGGUAAAAUCAAGAAUCCCAAGAUUGUUGAUAUUGAUAUGUGGACAGAUGCGUUUACAGUUUUCAUAUCUAUCUACACUUCUGCUCAUCCUGCAGACAUUGCCGGUCUUUUGAAAUACAUGCACACUGUCCGCUUAGGUGCUAAGAGGGCUGGGGGUGUAGCUUGGAGAAAUUACGACGAGCAAUUUCGCCUUAAAAAAGCACAAGACCACUCCAUACCUUGGGGUCAAAUUGAUCAAGAAUUGUGGCUUUUGUUUAUGCAUGCCCAAGUUAGUGUGUCAACAACUACUAAAGCUGUUAAUCGUCCAAACCCUGGUAUCAAGAAAUGUUUUGAUUUCAAUAAUGGGUCCUGUAAUAGGAGUCCCUGCUUUUUCAAGCAUAUUUGCUUAAAUUGUAGUGGGAAUCAUAGGCGUAUAAACUGUCACAACAAACCUCAAAAUACUGACCAGAAUGUUAACUCUGCUUUUAGGUCAGGCAGUGCCCAGCCUACAAGUUUCCAAGACAAGGGUAACAACAAAUUUGUCAGGCCUCGGGCAAACCCCAAUUAACAGUCAGUUGUUAGAAAAUAUGCUUCAAGGGCAUCCAGAUAGGGAUCUAGUCAACUAUUUAGUUUCCGGUUUCCGUUCGGGUUUCCCGUUACAUUACGAGGGCCCACGUGUUCAUACUGCAUGUAAAAAUCUGAAGUCUAUUUUUGGUAAUGAGGAGGCUGCUCUUAAUAAAAUAGAUUCAGAAGUUCUAGCUGGGCGUGUUGCAGGGCCUUUUGAUUAUCUCCCUUUACCAACUUUAAGAAUUUCACCUAUUGGCUUAGUGCCCAAGAAAGAUGGGUCCUGGAGGCUUAUUC